UGCGAAUUUGAAGUUUAAGUUCAAGUUCCAACUCUCAAGGGCUGGGAUAACGUGUAUAACCUUCGUCUCGGGGGCACACGGAAAUGCCCCUAUGCUGUUGGUCAAUACGAGUGACUCCAACAUCAACAUCAUUGAUUGCACCUAUGGUCCGCCCCCUGGGGUCCUCACUAAUCUGACUGUGCGUCACCGUCUGCGGGUGGCGCAUUCGUUGCUGCCGAUAAAGAGCUGCUAUUCGCCUAGUGAAAUGGGGUAUUGUAUAUCGGGUUCCGAAGAUAAAGGGGUUUAUAUAUACUCCUUGGCAAAGACUGGCAACUAUCGUAUGAGUAUUCUGCACCAUCACACUGUCCCUGUGGUGGCAGUAGCAACUAAUCAACAG